CCGACUCCAGCCUUAACGAGAGACCGCCGGAAAGAACGAAGAAGAGAUUGCGAAGGCCGUCCAGUGUGCAUCGGGAGGUUCGGGGCCCCGAGCCCCUUGCGGCAGCCCUUCGCGGGCUCCGACGUCGCCACGCCUGUAGCAUCUUCUUUGUCGGCCGCCCCCGCCCGCGUUUGCUGCGAUCCUCCCGAAGGCCCAUUUUAGACAGGCGACCUUUAUUUUCGGGAAGAUCCUGUUUUGUUUACCUAGACGGCCAUAAGGCGAGGAGGAUUUAAAGCGGUUCUUCUUACAUUCUUCGCUUGCAGAUCGGUUCCAAACAGUUCACAAUGACUAAUGAAGAACCACUUCCAAAGAAGGCCCGUCUCAGUGAAACAGACUUCAAGGUUCUACCUAGAGAGGAAUUGAUCUUAAGAUGGAAGCAAUAUGAAGCAUAUGUGCAAGCUCUUGAGGGCAAAUACACUGAUCUAAACUCCAAUGAUGUAACAGGAUUGAGAGAAUCCGAAGAAAAACUGAAGCAACAACAACAAGAAUCUGCUCGAAGGGAAAAUAUCUUGGUGAUGCGACUAGCAACUAAAGAACAAGAAAUGCAAGAGUGUACUAAUCAGAUACAGUACCUCAAGCAAGUCCAGCAACCAAGUGUUGCUCAACUGAGAUCAACAAUGGUGGACCCAGCCAUCAACUUGUUUUUCCUAAAAAUGAAAGGUGAACUGGAACAGACUAAAGACAAACUGGAACAAGCCCAAAAUGAACUGAGUGCCUGGAAAUUUACACCUGAUAGCCAAACAGGCAAAAAGUUAAUGGCGAAGUGUCGAAUGCUUAUCCAGGAGAAUCAAGAGCUUGGAAGGCAACUGUCCCAAGGACGUAUUGCACAACUUGAGGCAGAGUUGGCUUUACAGAAGAAAUAUAGUGAGGAGCUUAAAAGCAGUCAGGAUGAACUGAAUGAUUUCAUCAUCCAGCUUGAUGAGGAAGUAGAAGGUAUGCAGAGUACCAUUCUAGUUCUACAGCAGCAAUUGAAAGAGACUCGCCAACAAUUGGUUCAGUAUCAGCAGCAGCAGUUACAAGCUUCAACUCCAGGUACCAGUCGGACUCCAUCUUGUGAAAUUACAGAUCAGGGUGAAACCAUGAGCAAAGAUUGCAGUCGCCUGGCCAAUGGACCAAGUAAUGGCAGCUCUUCACAUCAGAGGACAGCGGGGCCUGGUUUUUAUAGAGAAGGUAGUGGAACAGAGGAUGAUUUUCCACCCUCACCAAGCAAUGGUAAUAAGCUUUCCAACCACUCUGAAGAUAGAACUGGCAGAGGAUCUGGUAGUUAUAUAAAUCAACUCAGUACUGGGUACGAAAGUGUAGACUCUCCCACUGGUAGUGAAAAUUCUCUUACUCACCAUUCAAAUGAUACAGACUCUAAUCAUGAUCCACAAGAGGAGAAAACAGUCAGUGUGAAAGGUAACAGAACUUCGGGGUCUCGUCAUGUUCAGAAUGGUUUGGACUCUAACGUAAAUGUGCAGGGUUCGGUUUUGUAACCUUUUUCUGCAAAAAUAAUUUUUUAUAGUGUCACUUAAUUGGGAGAAGAAACUGUCCAGAACUGUUCAAAUUAGUGCAUAUAUGUCACAAUUCUGCCUUUGUGGGUUUUCUGCUUCAAUACCUCUGCCACUUCUGAAAUUUUAACAAUUGAUUACGUUGAAUGUUGCUAAAAGGAUGUUUGUGUAAGCUCAAGGUAUAUUUUGAGUUAAUGUGAAGUUGAAAAUGGAAUUUUAUUUCCAGGUAUAACACAAUGACGUAUGUACAAAUCUGUGUAUAUCUAGAACUUGUGCUGUGUAAGGGCAUUCUUUACUCAUACUGUUUAUAACACUCAAAACUUUGUCAUAAUAGUUGUGGGUUAAUGACUGCCAAGUUUGCCCAGUACAGUAGUUUUCUAACUAAAAUAAACUUGGUGAGGGAGUCCUAUAGUAGUUUGUGUUCCACUUUUGCCACUAUGCAUCUGUGUGUUCUCUUUAGGUGACAAUGUUUAAGAAUUUUGUGUGCAUAGUUACUCAGUUUUAAGAACUGUUGUAUCCUGUUAAUGCAUAUUGCUCUGUGACUCCAAUAUUAUCUUACCUGUACUGACCAAACCCAAAUAAAAUUUUUAAUAAUGUAA